AUGCCGCCGACGGAAAUUGCGCUGCUCCAGAGAGUGGCCGACGUGCUCCCACUGCAAGCGUCUGGGUUCAAAGACUCGCGAUGCACAUAUGAAUACCAGAGGAAGAAGCCAGGCCUCAAAGGUGGCGUGGUCGACACUUUAACCCGCCGUGUCGAAGCUCUCGAGCAUGCCGUGUAUAGUUCCUCUGGCUCCCAUGUCACGGAUGCGGACACGCCUUCCGAGGAACUCAGGUCCUUGCGUGAGAUCCUCUCGGCCUUUACACGCGACAUCGCCCAGCUCACCCGCUAUCCAACUCAGUCCCCCGUAACAAUGCUUCAUGCGCAUGUGCGGGACCAUGACCCUGCGCUAGAGCGUCCAGAGAAGCGGAUCCAUCUCGACUCCGGCCAGGGCCCGUUUCUAGAAGCUGCCGUUGACCGGGGCAGCAGUAUCCGUACGCUGUUGGAAAGCCCAGAGGUCAUCGCGGCGCUGCUAGACGCAUAUUUCGAUAUCAUCCACCCCUGGAUCCCAAUUCUGCACGAGGUCCGAUUCCGCUCACGAAUCGCCCAAAACCCGGCGCGUGAGGCGUGCGGGAUCAUCCUGCACGCCAUUCUCCUCGCUGCGCUACGGUUUGUGGAUCUGGAGGGACUGAUCGGGUCCGGACCAGUACUACAAGACGAGGUUGCCCGAUCGAGGGACUAUGUUGUCCUCAACGCCAUGGCCGACCUGCGGCUGGAGAAUCUCCAGGCACUGAUUAUCGUCGCAUUUACUGAUAUUGGCCAGGGCGAGACGAGUAAAGCAUGGCCCACCAUCGGCUCCCUGACGAGAACUGUCCAAUAUCUGCAUCUCAGCGUUGAGGACACGGACAAAGAUCAGCGUCCCGGUCUAUUGCCGAAUUUGCCCUCGUUACCUGCACCGGACACUUGGGUCGAAGAGGAGGAGCGAAGGCGAGUGUUUUGGAGCGUGUUCCUUCUAGAUCGAUUCUGUUCAAUCACAACAGGAUGGAACGUGAGCCUCACAGCCGACGACAUCUGUCGACGCUUGCCGAUUGACGGCGGACUCUGGGCCCGCAACCAGCCAGCCAUCACCCCCUACCUGGGCAUCUGGGACCACUCCGCCGCCAAAAUCGGCCACACCAUUACAUUCCUCCCGUCCAAGUACGAGGCCCCCUCCGAGAAAGCUACUGAGCCCUGCGCUGCAAAGCGCUUGAACGAUGCCCGAAGCUCUCCGCCCAAGCAGACCACAUGCACGGGCUCGCCCGAGAUGAACAGGAUCGGGGCGUUUGCGUACUAUAUCGAAUCGGUCGAGUCGCUGAGCCGGAUCAAUGCGUACUUUGUGCAGCAGAAGAUCGACUUUACGGAUCGGGAGGAUGUGUUGAGCUGGCUGACGCGGUUCAAGGAGUUGGAUCUGCGCUUGGUACAUUGGAAAAUGUUCCUCCCUACCAAAUGGAAAGACCCCAACGUGAACCCCAACCCGGCAACAACAGCCAUGGACCCCAACAUGACCCUCGCCCACAUCACACACAAUACCUCGUCGAUCCUCCUGCACCAGCGCAUCGCAUACCCACACCGUGCCAUCAGGCACCUCCGGCUGCCGAAUGCCUGUAGCGCCGAUACAUGCUUCGUCGCCGCAACCGAGACCGCGAAUAUCACGACCAAGUAUCUAGAGCGUGCGCCGGUUGCGCGCGUCCUCGCUCCACAUUUUGCCAUUUGUGUGUUUGUUAGUGCGCGUGUUUUAUUGGUACACUCGCUAUACUACAAGGUAGACCUCGCCCCGGAGUUCUGGACGCUUGUCAACGCCCUCGAUACAAUGGAUAAAAGAUGGAUCGGGCGCCCAGAGCAGACCGGACCCUUACCCGGCGCUUCGCUGGCAGGGUCUCUCGCUAGCCAACUCCGGGAGCUUUACAGUCUAAGUGAGAGGGACCCCGUAGACCGCGUCCUUGUCUUACUUGGGCAAGAAGAGCCUCAUGCGGCCGGGGCUGAGCAGGAUACUACUUGCUCCACCCCACUGCCCAUAAGUUGUCAUCCUGAGAUAGGUCACUCACCGCGAAGCCAGGGCGGUCGCCUGUCUGGAGACUCCGGCGAGCUGUCGAGGAUCUUUGGCGAAACAACAGCACGCCGAGUCCGUCCCGCCAAACGUCGUAGAGAGGGAGAUUGGGUCAGCAACCAGGGAUCUCCAAGUGUCCAAGGGAAGCAGGUACCUCGUUCAACCGUCCUCGGUACGGAAGAAGGAGCAGUUGACGAGCUCUCGGCGAUUUCGCACGGUCUGUUAGAUGAAAGCUUUCUGGAGAUGAACCGGAUUAUCAAUUUCGACGACUUUAUGUUCAUGACGAAUGUCGACGACUUGGCUCGGCCGGAAUGGCUUCCGGGUCUUGAUGAUAGCCACGAGGCCAACGCAGAGUCAUAA